GACGAUAGACCGGAGUUUCCAGGGUCAAAAUCAGAGUUUGUCAGUAAAUUAGAAUUUAUUGAACCAGACAACAUAAAAGGCAUUCCUGUAUACAGAGCGCUGGGACGAAAUGGUAAAAUACUAGAGGACAGUGAAGAUCCCAAAUUAGACAGUUCAACGGUCCUCAAGAUGUACAAAGAUAUGACACUGUUGAAUACCAUGGAUAUAGUAUUGUAUGAAUCUCAACGGCAGGGAAGAAUAUCAUUUUAUAUGACAAAUUAUGGAGAGGAAGGCACACAUAUUGGUUCAGCUGCGGCCCUGGAUCCAAGAGAUUUGGUAUUUGGGCAGUACAGAGAAGCUGGAGUUCUGAUGUGGAGAGGGUUUACACUUGACCAAUUUAUGGAUCAGUGCUAUAGUAAUGUUAAUGACCUUGGUAAAGGAAGACAAAUGCCUGUUCAUUAUGGAACAAAGAAGUUGAACUUUGUAACAAUAUCUUCAACCAUAAGUACACAGAUGCCACAAGCUGCUGGUGCAGCUUAUGCUUUAAAGAGAGCGAAGAAUGGACAGUGUGUGAUCUGCUAUUUUGGAGAUGGUGCAACAUCCGAAGGUGAUGCCCAUGCAGCUUUUAAUUUUGCUUCUGUAUUAGACUGUCCAGUGAUAUUCUUUUGUAGGAACAAUGGUUAUGCUAUUUUUACACCUGUUGAAGAUCAAUAUAGAGGGGAUGGUAUUGCAUCUCGUGGUGUAGGCUAUGGUAUGAUGACAGUUCGAUUAGAUGGAAAUGAUAUAUUUGCUGUGUACAAUGCUGUCAAAUCAGCUCGCGAAAUAGCAGUAGCCCAAAGACCUAUACUCAUUGAAGCUAUGACAUACAGAAUUGGUCAUCAUAGUGCCGCGCAUGACAAUUCAGACUACAGAUCGGUAGAGGAAGUAAACUAUUGGGAUAAACAAGAAAAUCCCAUUACACGUUUGCAAAAUUACAUGAUUAAUAAUGGUAUCUGGGAUGAAAAAAUGGAAAAGGAAUGGAAGUUAGAAUCUCAUAAAAUGGUCAUGAGAGCUUUUGCUGACGCCGAAAGCAGAAAGCGACCUAGUCUCGAUGAAAUGUUUGAGGAUGUUUACGAUGUUUUACCGAAACAUCUAGAGAAUCAACUAGAAGAGAUGAAAACCCACGUUAAACAGUAUAAAAAAAAUUAUCCACUUGAACACCACGAGAAACUGACAUAA